UCACCCACUCACUCGGUGCGGAUCACAUAGUAACAUUAUCAUGUUAUCAUGUUGUGUCUCGAUCCGACCAGUUAACAGUGUUCAGACGGAAGUUUGCGUUUGAAGACGUCGCGUUUUGUUCACCGACUGCAGCAGUCCACGUAGUAUUCGUAGUAUUUCGCGGGACCAUAUUUUAUAUCAUAAAUAUUAUAUUCGUAUAUUUAUCAUUGUAUAAUUUUGAUUUUUUUUUCAUCGUUUUAAACUCGCUGUGUUUACUCAGAUGGUAUUACGUAUACGAAAUAUUACUCGGUAGAACCCGCGUGAACGUUUUUCCUAUUAAUCUCGGUGAUUUUUAGAAAAUUCCGUCCAAAUUAAUUAUCACGUGUAAAUAAGCGCCGAAGUGACUAUUAACUUCUUACCACUAUGAAAUUAAAUUCACGACACAUAUCCCAGAGAUGGGUGAUGGCCGUGAUGGGGAUGACGGGAGUAACGAUGGCGUAUGUAAUGCGGGCCUGUUUGGGCAUAACGCUUACGCAAAUGGUCAGGCCCGUGGUAAUAGUAGACAGCGGUUCGACAUCUCACGUACAGCGCGACUACUGUCCGAUGCCACAAUCAUCGUCACGUGGACACGCUAAGUCCAACAAGACAGACUUGUCCGAAGAUGAAUUCCAGAACCGGUUCGAUUGGGACGAGAAGACGCAGGGUGAAGUCCUGUCAGCGUUCUACUAUGGUUACAUAAUCACGCAUUUACCUGGCGGAAUCCUGUCCCAGAAGUUUGGUGGCAAGCACACCAUGGGCCUAGGAAUACUUUCCACUGCUAUCUUCACACUGAUGACGCCGUACGUUGCAUACAUGGGUUCCAGACCACUGACCAUCCUGCGGUUCGUCGAAGGACUCGGAGAAGGCACUACGUUUCCUGCUCUGUGCACACUUCUGGCACAGUGGGCCCCGCCUGAAGAAAAGGGAAAGCUCUCCACGCUGGUAUUUGCAGGUGUGCAAAUCGGUAAUAUUUUCUCAAACUUUUUGAGCGGUUUUAUCAUACAAUACAUACCCGGUGGUUGGCCAAAUGUCUUUUACUUCUUCGGCGUAACCUCGUUGAUUUGGUUUGUGCUCUGGUGCUUGUUCGUUUAUAACGACCCAAACUCCCAUCCGUUCAUAUCAGACGUGGAGCGUGACUACUUAAAACAGUCGAUUGGAAGUCUAGAAAGGAAAAAAGACUUACCCCCCACACCAUGGAAGUCCAUAUUAACGUCGUGGCCAGUGUGGGCACUGAUCAUUGUCGAAGCAGGACAUGACUGGGGUGGUUUUACGAUUAUCAGUGAUCUUCCGAAAUACAUGAGCGACGUAUUACACUUUUCCAUUACUGAAAACGGUUUAUUAUCGUCCAUCCCAUACAUCGCCCAAUGGGUAACUUCGAUCUUAGCUAGUAUAUUGGCCGACCGAUUGAUAAGCAAACGAAUAAUGACAGUCACUGCGGUCAGAAAAAGUUACGCAAUAAUAGGAACUGUCGGACCGGGUAUGGGUGUGAUGUGUGCUUCGUUUGUCGGAUGUGACAAAAUGUUUGCAACUCUAUGUUUUACUUUGGGUAUGGCGCUAAUGGGAUUCUGUUAUCCCAGCAUCCGUAUCAAUUCACUUGACUUGUCACCCAAUUAUUCUCCUACUAUAAUGGCACUGGUCAAUGGCAUUGGUUGUUUAUCAGGAAUGGCCACUCCAUAUGUUGCUGGAAUUUUAACACCAAAUAGAACCGUUUUAGAAUGGCGUUUAGUAUUUUGGAUUAUGAUGAUAGUAAUGACAGCAUCAUCUGUAGUAUAUGGACUAUUUGGAUCCGGUGAGUUACAACCAUGGGAUGACUUGGAACAAUAUUAUCUCAAAGAAAAAGAAAAAGCAAAGAGGGGAUUACCUAUGGACGAAAGAUUAAGUAUAAUUUAUUCAAAAUCCAUAGAAGAUGGAAAAUCGUCAAAUAAUUAGAACCUUGACUAAUUAGACUUAUAAAACUAUCCUACACUGUAAAUUAUAUUGUUAAAAUAUGUUACCUAUUAAUUUAUAGUAAUGAAAUAAUGUGAAUAUUUAUUUAGUUUGUAAAUACUUGUUAUAUUUAAAACUAGUUACUUGUUUUUAAAAUGUAAAAAUAACGAUAGGAAGAUAAUAUAUUCUAAUUAUUGUAUAUUAAAAAAAUGUAAUUUAUUUUAAACGAGAUAAAAUUUAAUUGUUCAAGA